UUUAGGGUUCUUCCAAGAGGUCGUCUGACGCGAUGGAGAACGACGAGGAGAAGCUGGAUUUCCAGGAUGAGAAGGAGCCGCGCGAUCACUUCAAGCUUGCCUACAUCAGCUUCUUCAUCCUUGGCGCCGGAUUCCUCCUCCCGUGGAACGCCUUCAUCACAGCGGUGGAUUAUUUCGAUUUCCUUUACCCUGGCACGCACAUCGAUCGGGUAUUCUCGAUCUUCUACAUGUUCCCGGCCCUCCUGCUGCUGCUCUACCUCACAUUCAAGGCCGGCGCCAUCGAGCCGCGGAUCCGGAUCAAUCUGGGCCUUGUCCUUUUCCUCCUCAUGAUGCUCAUCGUUCCAAUCAUGGACGAGAGCGUGAGCAAGCCGUCCAGCGCCACGCAUUACAUCACAAUCGCUGCUACUGGAGUCACGGGGCUCGCCGAUGCCCUCGUCCAGGGCAGCCUUGUGGGAUCGGCGGGGGAGCUACCGGAGCGCUACAUGCAAGCGCUCGUUGCCGGCACUGCUGCGUCGGGUGUUCUAGUUUCGUUCCUGCGAGUCGUGACCAAGGCCGCAUUGCCUUCCACACCCGACGGCCUUCGCAGCAGUGCGAACGUCUACUUCAUCACUACCGUCAUCUUCAUGGUGAUCUGCCUCGUCUCCUACAACCUUGUCACCACUCUUCCCGUCAUCCGCUACCACCUCAAGAAGAACUCCACCAAAGUAGCACGGCAAGAGGAAGACUCGGACUCACUUCUCCUAGCCGAUUCCACACCUCAUCGACGAGUGAGCUUCCAUCGGGUUUGGAGCCAGAACAAAGGACUGCUGCUGUCUCUCGCUCUCGUCUACCUCAUCACACUCUCGAUCUUUCCCGGCUCCCUCACCGAGGACGUCCACUCGGCGGCUCUGGGCGACUGGUUCCCGGUUCUCAUCAUCGCUUGCUACAACGUUUGCGACCUCCUCGGGAAGUCGAUCACGGCGGUCUACCUCAUCGACGACCCGAAAGCCAUCGUUGGUGGCUGCAUCGCGAGGCUGAUCUUCUUCCCAGUGUUUUUCGUCUGUCUCCAUGGACCCAGGAUACUUGGCACCGAGGUUCCGGUGUUCUUGGUGUCAGCGCUGCUGGGGAUCACAAAUGGAUACUACACGAGCGCGAUCAUGAUCAAGGCACCAAAGCUCGUGCCCGUGGAGGAGUCCGAGACGACUGGGAUCUUACUGGUUGUGUUCCUCGUGGCCGGACUCUCCCUUGGCUCUAUAGUAGGAUGGGUUUGGGUGCUAUGAUUUGUAUGUACAUUAUUUCUCAAUACAAUGCACAACGUUGAUUCUCCAAA